CGCUGCCCGCCGCCCGCUGCGUGCGCCUCCGCGCCUCCGCGCCAUGGCCGGCCUCAACUCCCUGGAGGCGGUGAAACGCAAGAUCCAGGCCCUGCAGCAGCAGGCGGACGAGGCGGAGGACCGCGCGCAGGGCCUGCAGCGGGAGCUGGACGGCGAGCGGGAGCGGCGCGAGAAAGCCGAAGGGGAUGUGGCAGCUCUCAAUCGACGCAUCCAGCUUGUGGAGGAGGAGCUGGACAGGGCUCAGGAGCGACUGGCCACAGCCCUGCAGAAGCUGGAGGAGGCAGAAAAGGCUGCCGAUGAGAGUGAGAGAGGAAUGAAGGUGAUAGAAAACCGGGCCAUGAAAGAUGAGGAGAAGAUGGAGAUUCAGGAGAUGCAGCUCAAAGAGGCCAAGCACAUCGCCGAGGAGGCCGACCGCAAAUAUGAGGAGGUGGCUCGUAAAUUGGUCAUCCUGGAAGGCGAGCUGGAGAGGGCCGAGGAGCGUGCCGAGGUGUCUGAACUAAAAUGUGGUGACCUGGAAGAAGAGCUCAAGAAUGUCACUAACAAUCUGAAGUCACUCGAGGCUGCAUCUGAAAAGUAUUCUGAAAAGGAGGAUAAAUAUGAAGAAGAAAUCAAACUUUUGUCCGACAAACUGAAAGAGGCUGAGACCCGUGCAGAAUUUGCAGAGAGAACGGUUGCAAAACUGGAAAAGACAAUUGAUGACCUGGAAGACGAGCUAUACGCUCAGAAGCUCAAGUACAAAGCUAUCAGCGAGGAACUGGACCAUGCUCUCAACGACAUGACCUCUCUGUGAGAGGGAGCUGGGGUGCUGCCCUCUGUCCUAGCAAUACCGAAGUUGGCCUCCUCACUGUGGUGCCUGCACUUCCCGUGGGCUUCUAGAAGCUCGUUUCCUGCCUCCUGGUUUGGUCUUUCAAGCCUUCCUCUGCUGUGUCUGUGACUGUGUGACUGAAAUAAAGACAGGCGCUCCUCGUG